AUGCUUGAGGAUCUUCCGAACGAGCUCCUGGAAAAUAUUGCGGACUGGUUACCACCGCUUGCUCUUCGAUCCCUGAGCCAUGUCUCCUCGAAGCUUUACCAUGCUCUGGUCCCUCGGGUUUACCGUGUGGCCGUGUUUCGUGCUACGAGUGAGUGGGCCUUAAAUGGGCUUAACAUCGAUAAUUUCUUCAUCCAACACUCCAAAAGCACCGGCCACCUUCGACACACCCGCCAUUUGGAAAUCAACGCCCCGAUCCAUCUUGUUCGGUUCAAUCGCUGUGCGGCAUUUAACAUCUUUCGGGUGGUCGGAUUAGCCGCUGAUCCUUUCUCGAGGAUUGGGACACCCGACCACGCUAGGGCUCAUCAGCAGUUCUUGGAGGACAUUGAGGAUCAACUUCACUUGGUCUUUGCUCAUCUCCACCCUGGUCUCCUUCGAUCCUUCACGUGGCGCUUGGGCACAUGCCUUCCAGCUGGUGUGUUGGAUAGAGAGGGAUAUCUGAUCCAACACCAGGAAAAUCUGGCCCAUCUUUCGUUGGUCACAGAUGGCUCAUGCCCCCAUGCCGCGGGCCAUCUAGAUGGUCUAUACCUAUUGUCUUCCCUAGAGGCCAUCGAAUGGGAGGGUAUCCAGCACUCGACUGAGAUCGAGCUACUGCAAAAAUGCAUCCGUCGGAACCAAAGGCGCUUAAGAACGCUUUCGAUAGGAUUCAGCGCAUCCGCUGGCAGACCGGAUUUCUCCUGUCAAGUGCUUGGGCUGCAAUGGUCCACGGUCGCCACCGCAACACUCUCGGCGGGCCCUGCUCCCACAUUUUUGCCCUCUCUUACAUGCCUGACACUCUCCAAGGCACAUCUUCAGAAAAGCCCGGACCAGACCUCUUUGUUGACUUUUGCUGGGUUGAGAUCCUUGAAGUUGCGUGACUGUAUGAACUCCUGCGAGUGUUUAGAAGCGCUGUCUCACUUGCAGAAUAAGCUACAGCUGCGGCUAUUUGAGCUCUGUUGUGACAAUCUGCCGCUUGACCCCAGCAAGGCAAAUCUUGGUCCGGUUAUUGCUUUCUUACUUUCCCUCCAAGGCUUGCAGCAUCUCUAUUUGAAACUUGCCAACUUUGCACAUACCCACCAAAUCGAACCCGUGAUUCGGCAUCACAGCCAGACCCUGCAGACCCUUGUGUAUCACGAGAAGCAACUCGCUCCGGUAGAUAAUGAAAGACUGUGGUGGGAUACUCGAGAUUUCUGUCCGUCGUGGAUAUUCGAUCGCGCCGAGUUGAGGCAUCUCGAUCGACUCUCUGCCUUAGCACUAUGUACGAACACGCCUUCUGUGCGAGCGAGCCUCGAGCCGGGUGCUAACGAUUCCCAUCUUCAGGUGCUUCAUAUUCGACUCACAGGCGUAGACCAUCUCCAUCGAGACAUUCAAUCGGAAGCCAUUUCGCAGAUUCGGACAGCGGAUGACAGAGACGAGGGAUGCCCGUGCGGUUGCUGGGGCGGGCUGUCAAGACGGAGCUCGCUCCCCGACCACGAUCUUGACUUUGCGAGUCCCUGGGAAGAACAAUCUGCCGAGUCUCCGGGAAUAGGGCUAUCGGACGGGUCAGGUGGGUCGGAGGCCAUCACCACCGAGUCAGCUGAGAUCAAAGAGGUCCUGGACUUUGCGGACUGGGCAUUCGGGCCGAAAGGGUUACCCAGGCUAGAGGUUCUAGCAUUCGGAGACUUUUCUUACGAGGAGCGAUAUCAGAAGCAACGGUUUCUGGCGCGUCGGAGACGCUCGGUGGGAUUACGAUCGCCUGAUCAAAAUCCAGAGACCCGUAAACACUACGGCUGGAAUUUUUGCAUUGGCGAUAUGAACGAUCCAUCUCUUUGGAGUAACGUAGGUUUGGACGGAAGUAAAUUUCUUUCAGCCUGCCCCGACGGUGGUCCGAUGGAGUCGCCCGACGAGUGGUGA